GUUGGAUCGAGGUCGCUAAGUCCUACACGCGUGUAUAAUAGUAUGUUCAUUGUUGACAUUACAUUUUUACAUUGAAUUACAGUAUAUCAUGAAUGGUUACCUCUCCUGACGGACCCUUCACCCGGCGUUUCUAGACUACGCCGCGAUUCGGCUGGUCCGAAUACUCUUCCAAUGUCCUUCCAAGCACCUCAAAAUGUCCCAUUUUCCACGACUAGCCAAAGAGCAUACGAAGACACCCAUUGGCGUCAAAAGAGCAAUGGUCAUGCGACCGGCGGCACAGCCGGUGCUGUCACGUCCAAGAUCAACGAUAUUUUCGGACAACAGAAGGGUCUACCAAUGUAUAAGGACAAACCAAAUACUUAUCCUUCAAGUCGAAGGAGAAGCAUACUGCAACGGAGGAGAACACCUGCCAUGAUCGCGUCAAUAGCCCUACUUUUCCUGUGGUGGAUGGGCUGGCUACCUUGGAGUUCAAGCCGAGUCUACGAUCCGGCCGAGCAUCAACAUUCGUUCUUCAGCGAUCAUGACUGGUCGGAGCAAAGAGAAGCUGUCAAAGAGGUGUUUAAAACUUCAUGGGCGGGAUACGAGAAAUGUGCAUGGGGCAUGGACGAAUAUCAUCCCUUAACACGGAAAGGAAAGAAGAUGGUGGAGGGCGGUAUGGGUUGGAUCAUUGUCGAUGCGUUGGAUACUGCUAUGAUGAUGAACCUGACCACUGAAGUCGCCAAAGCACGAGAGUGGAUAUCUACCUCGCUAUCCUACACCGCCGACCACAAUGUCAACACCUUCGAGACGACCAUCCGGAUGUUGGGUGGUCUUUUGUCCGCAUACUACCUAUCUACAGCCUUUCCCCACCUCGCACCUCAGCUUGACGACGAUACCAACCAACCCGGAGAAGACCUCUAUAUCGAGAAAGCAACCGAUUUGGCGGACCGUCUUUUGGGUGCCUACGAAUCGCCGUCAGGCAUUCCAUAUGCUUCUGUCAACCUCAACACCUCACAUGGCAUCACAUCCCACCAAGAUGGUGGCGCGUCCUCUACAGCAGAGGCAGCAACGCUACAGCUGGAAAUGAAGUACCUUGCUAAGAUUACAGGCGAGCCCCAUUACUGGCACAAAGCAGAAAACAUCAUCAAAGUCAUUGACGCGCAAAGACGCGAAGAUGGCCUCCUUCCCAUCUUCAUAUACCCAACAACAGGAGAAUUUCGGGGCGAGAACAUCCGGCUGGGAUCAAGAGGAGACAGCUAUUACGAAUACUUAAUCAAGCAGUAUCUCCAAACCGGCAAAGUUGAGACCGUCUACCUCGACAUGUGGGACGAAGCCCUCGAGGGAAUCAAGAAGCAUCUGAUCACUUAUUCACAGCAUGCAUCACUUACCAUCCUCGCUGAACGACAGGACGGCCUCGACAAACCAUUGACCGCCAAGAUGGACCAUCUCGUGUGUUUCAUGCCCGGCACGAUUGCCUUGGGUGUGACGGAAGGGCAGACUGUGGCUGAAGCAAAAGCCAGGCUGGGCAGCCAAUGGACGAAGAAGCACGAUGAGAACCUCAAACUCGCCGAAGAGCUCAUGAAGACCUGCUGGGGCAUGUACAAGGUCACGGCGACCGGCCUCGCUCCUGAAAUUUCGUAUUUCAAGACAGACAAUCCACCACGGCAAUGGCAGGGACAUACAGACUCAAAAUGGUCACCACCCGUGUCCGAUCCACUAUCCGACGAUCAAAGUGCGGCGUGGAGAUCAGACUACGACAUCCACUCCAACGACGCGCACAACCUCCAACGUCCAGAGACGGUAGAAUCGCUCUUUUACAUGUGGCGGAUCACGAAAGAUCCCAUAUAUCGACAAUGGGGAUGGGAAAUGUUCGAAGCAUUCCGCGAGCACGAAAAGGUCGUGGAUGAAGUGACAGGCAAGGUAUACGCUUACACAUCUCUGGAUACGGUGAUGAACAACCCGGUCAAGGAGAGCAAGAGACGCGAUAAUAUGGAGAGUUUCUGGUUGGCCGAGACGCUGAAGUAUUUCUACCUGCUGUUUUCCGACGACUCGUUCUUCCCACUGGACAGCAACGUGUUUAAUACCGAGGCCCACCCGAUGCCCAACUUCGACAUUAGCGGAAGCAAGGUCUUCACCACGGGCUGGCAGAGAAGCACUGUAGCUCCUCCUGAGUCGCCACCCGGAAGUGAUGGGAAGAUUGUCCGUGUUGACCCUGAAGAGAAAGCCAAGGCAGAUGCUGCGGCCGCUGCAGCUGCUGAGCAAGCUGCUAUUGGUGUACAUCAUGACCAUGGACACGACGAGGCUAAAGAGCAAGAAGCGGACGCUGAGACAGUGGCCGACAGCAAAGAGUCACCAGCACCCAACCUUUUGAAUGAUUGGAAGGACAAUAUUGCGAAGGUUGCCGAUGGCGCAAUGUUGGCACGCGAAGAGCCGCAAAAAGAUCGGAAAAUACCUUUUGGUCGUCGACUCGAUCACAAGGACUAGGCCGCAUGGACGUGGCAAUUGACAAUUGGAUUUGGUGACAUUGCGCUUAUGGACCAAAGCCGUACAAUUGGGCUAUGGUCCGGCACGGUUAAAAAAGUUGGAUCUUGGAAGUUCUCGCUAUGCGGACAAACAGCCGCCCGCAGAGACGAAACCCUGCAUCUACCUGGAGUUGGGAUGCGUGUUUUGCCUAUGGCAGCACACGGCAUUAAGGAAGCCCAAAGGAACACGUGAGAUAUUGUAUGGACAUUGGCAUAUUCAGGC